AUGGCUCGGUGGUUUCGCUCCCACAUAAACUGCUGCAGCAGCAGCUGCUGCAGCUGCUGCAGUAGCAGCUGCAGCAGCAGAAGCUGCAGGCAGCAGGAGCAGCAACUCCAGCAGGGGCAACAGCUGCAGCAGCAGCAACUCCAGCAGCAGCAACAGCUGCAGCAGCAGAAGCUGCAACUGCAGAAGCUGCAGCAGCAGCAACAGUUGCAGCAGCAAAAGCUGCCUAUUAAGCAAAAGCUGGAGCCGCAGCAGCAGCUACUGCUGCCAACGGCGCGCCGUCGGCGCCUCUCUACAUUCUAG